AUGGUGGUACUGAUGUUCAGCUUAGAUGGUGGUAUUGAUGGUGUGGUAGUAGAUGGUGGUCCUGUUGGUGUAGUAGCAGACGUUGAUCCUGUUGGUGUAGUAGCAGACGUUGGUCCUGUUGAUGUAGUAAUAGAUGGUGGUUCUGUUGGUGUAGUAGUAGAUGGUGGUACUGAUGGUGUAGUAGCAGACGUUGGUCCUGUUGGUGUUGUAGUAGAUGGUGAUACUGAUGGUGUAGUAGCAGACGUGGGUCCUGUUGGUGUUGUAGUAGAUGGUGAUACUGAUGGUGUAGUGGUAGAUGGUGUAGAUGGUGGUAUUGAUGGUGAAGUAGUCGAUGGUGGUGCUGAUGUUGUAGUAGCAGACGUUGGUCCUGUUGGUGUUGUAUCAGAUGGUGGAACUGAUGGUGUAGUAGUAGAUGGUGGUAUUGAUGGUAUAGUUGUUGAUGGUGGUCCUUUUGGUGUUGUAGCAGAUGGUGGUCCUGUUGGUGUUGUAGCAGAUGGUGUAGUAGAUAGUGGUAUUAAUGGUGUAGUAGUUGAUGGUGGUACUGAUGGUGUAGUAGCAGAUGGUGGUACUGAUGUUGUAAUAGCAGACGUUGGUCCUGUUGGUGUUGUAGCAGCUGUUGGUACUGUUGGUGUUGUAGUAGAUGGUGGUCCUGUUGGUGUAGAAGAAGACGUUGAUCCUGUUGGUGUAGUAUCAGACGUUGGUCCUGUUGAUGUAGUAAUAGAUGGUGGUUCUGUUGGUGUAGUAGUAGAUGGUGGUACUGAUGGUGUAGUAGCAGACGUUGGUCCUGUUGGUGUUGUAGUAGAUGGUGAUACUGAUGGUGUAGUAGCAGACGUGGGUCCUGUUGGUGUUGUAGUAGAUGGUGAUACUGAUGGUGUAGUGGUAGAUGGUGUAGAUGGUGGUAUUGAUGGUGAAGUAGUCGAUGGUGGUGCUGAUGUUGUAGUAGCAGACGUUGGUCCUGUUGGUGUUGUAUCAGAUGGUGGAACUGAUGGUGUAGUAGUAGAUGGUGGUAUUGAUGGUAUAGUUGUUGAUGGUGGUCCUUUUGGUGUUGUAGCAGAUGGUGGUCCUGUUGGUGUUGUAGCAGAUGGUGUAGUAUAUGGUGGUACUGUUGGUGUAGUAGUAGAUGGUGGUACUGUUGGUGUAGUAGUAGAUGAUGGUACUGUUGGUGUAGUAGCAGAUGUUGAUCCUGUUGGUGUAGUAGCAGAUGGUGGUACUGAUGGUGUAGUAGUAGAUGGUGGUAUUGAUGGUGUAAUAGUAGAUGGUGGUACUGUUGGUGUAGUAGCAGAUGGUGGUAAUGAUGUUGUGGUAGCAGACGUUGGUCCUGUUAGUGUUGUAGCAGAUGGUGGUCCUGUUGGUGUUGUAGCAGAUGGUGUAGCAGAUGGUGGUCCUGUUGGUGUUGUAGUAGAUGGUGAUACUGAUGGUGUAGUGGUAGAUGGUGGUACUGAUGGUGUAGUAGUAGAUGGUGGUACUGAUGUUGUAGUAGCAGAUGUUGGUCCUGUUGGUGUAGUAGUAGAUGGUGGUACUGAUUGUGUAGUAGUAGAUGUUGGUACUGAUGUUGUAGUAGCAGAUGUUGGUCCUGUUGGUGUAGUAGUAGAUGUUGGUACUGAUGUUGUAGUAGCAGAUGUUGGUCCUCAGACGUUGCUCCUGUUGGUGUAG